CGUGCGGGCAACAGUUGCCACGAGCAGCUGGGCUCAGGAAAGGCAGUUUGCCCAGCCAGUUGUCCCUUCUCCGUCGUCCCCUCCCACCUUCCCCCAAGGCCAAGGACAGCGACGUCGUCCUCCCUCUUCUCCUCCUCUUUGGUGCCUUCAGCCAGGAGGCGGGAGUGACCCGCAGCAGCUGACCCAGCAUAGGCACUGCCUCUCCCACAGCCCUCAGGACACACCAUGGGCCCAGAGGCGGGUUUGCAGCACAGCAGCGACGACGCAGGCGGAGGCCACGGCGACUCUCAACUGCCUCCCUGACCGCCGCGAGCACCGCCCGACACCCCGAAAAGUCGUCGCCACCCACGGCAGGAGAAUCUAGGGACCCCAAAUCCACCUUCGCGAUCGACUCAAGCUACGUCAACAACUAUGGCGGGCGACGGGAGGCGGGAGGAGCCGGGGAGGGAAGGAUGGGGGCUAUACGUCACACCCCGGCCCCCCUUGCGGGAGGGUAGGCGCCGGCUCGCCCCUCAAAAUGGCGGCGGCAGUGACGCGCCUGCGUACGGAAUUCCUUCGCCGUCGCGCCCCGGCCGGCGGGAAGUGAGGUUCUCGGAAGAGCCGCCAGAAGUGUACGGCGACUUCGAGCCCCGGGUAGCCAAGGAAAAGUCCCCGGCGAGAAGACGAGUCCCGCUAGAAGAGUUCCGGCCUGAUUCUGAGAAAGAGGAAGUGAGAGAAAGCGCCUACUACCUUCGUUCUCGGCAGAGGAGGCAGCCGCGACUCCAGGAAGCCGAGGAGAUGAAGACGCGAAGGACUACCCGUCUGCAGCAGCAGUCACAGCAGCCUCUGCUAGAGCCGUCUCCGGUUACGACCAGGAGAGGGUUACGGGACUCUCAUUCCUCUGAAGAGGAUGAACCAUCUUCACAAACUAUUUUAAGCCAAACAGUCUCAAAGAAAACUAUCCAGAGAACACAAGAAAUUCCAGUGCUGAGUGAAGAUCCUGUAAUCAGCCUGUGUAGACGCCCCCUAAGAAGCCCAAGACCUGAUUCGGCAUACAAAACAAAUGGAAAUACUAAAAUGAGUGAAUUAGAAGCCACCAGCAGCCAACAGAAGGUCAAUUUUUCUGAAGGAGAAGAAACUGAACAAGACGAUCAAGACAGCUCUGACAGUGAUAUUACUAUUCUUAAGGUCAGAUCCGGGGAUUCUCUUGAUUCUGGAGAUCAAACUACGAAAUCAAGUCAAUAUCCAGAAUCACUUUGGCGGUCAUCACAAAUUCGAGACUUCAUAACUCUUGAUAAGCAACCUUCAGUGCUAAGCUCGGGAUAUCAAAAAAAACCUCAGGAAUGGUUGGAACAAUCCACAAGAAUAAGGACUAAGAUGCAAACAUCAUCACCAGACAGGAGUUCAAUAUAUGGCAGUUUUUCAGAUGAUGACAGCAUUCAGAAAUCAGAACUUGGAAACCAGUUUCCAUCAACUUCCAGCCAAAAAGCAGCUGGACAACCCAAAAAUGCAUCUUUUGUCAAGAUGAAGCGGUGGUGCCUACUCGUUCUGGUAGCUUCUUUCGCCAUCGGGAGUUUUCUCUUCGUUCGUACUCCUGAGGUAAAAACCACUCCUGUUCAAGAGUUCCAGAACCAGAUGAAACAACUUAUGAAUAAGUACCAAGGUCAAGAUGAGAAGCUGUGGAAAAGGAGCCUUACAUUCCUAGAAAGACAUCUGAAUAGCUCCCAGCCUCGGCCUCAGCCUGCUAUCUUGCUGCUCACUGCUGCUCGAGAUGCUGAAGAAGCACUGAAGUGUCUGAGUGAACAAAUUGCUGAUGCCUACUCUUCUUUCCACAGUGUCCGUGCCAUCCGGAUUGAUGGGGCGGACAAAGCUACUCAAGACAGUGAUACUGUCAAAGAAGAGGUAGACUGGGAACUGAGCAAUGGGUUCACGAAUGGCCAGAACGCAGCGGUGGUACAUCGCUUUGAGUCACUGCCUGCAGGCUCCACUUUGAUCUUCUAUAAGUAUUGUGACCAUGAAAAUGCAGCCUUCAAAGAUGUAGCCUUAGUCCUGACUGUCUUGUUGGAGGAGGAGACACUUGGAACCAGUCUAGGCCUAAAGGAGAUUGAAGAAAAAGUGAGAGAUUUCCUCAAAGUCAAGUUCACCAACACUGACACACCCAACUCCCACAAACAUAUGGACCCGGAUAAAUUGAGUGGGCUCUGGAGCCGUAUUUCUCACUUGGUCCUGCCUGUCCAACCUGAAAAUGCCCUGAAAAGUGGCAUCUGCUUAUAAAGGGUGACAGAAGACAAAAUCAUGUCUCAAAUUUGGAGAAUUUUUCAGCCUUUGUAACCAGAGACAGAAUUCAGAGCUCUUUAUGAAAGAACUGGUUUCUUUUUAAAGGAUGUUAAAUUCUUAGGUAAACAUGGAACAUCUAACUCAUUUGUUCACCCUAAUUAUCUGUUAUUUGAGAGAAUCAUUUCCUUGUUUCCAUUAAGAUCUGCGUUAAUGAUCUCUGAGGACUACAACUUACACGCAGUCCCCUAGUCUGUUUAGAUUCGGGGUUGAAUCAUUACUGCCGUGUUAUGACCAGACCAGGUUGGGGGCGAUUGGGCUCCUUCCUAUGAAUCCUCCCAAGUUUAUAAGUUAGAUUUUUUCACAGAGUUUGCUAUUAGUAAGGCAGCUCUAUAAAUGCAACUGUGGGUUUUCCCAUUAUUCUCUUUUACCAUCAUUUAGGUGAGAGUUCCUUAGUCAGUUUCCACUUUUAGGAGCAAGAGUAAUGAAAGGUCAUCUGAGUGUGUUUGGAUUGUUUUCUUUGUUUUUGGAGGGCAGGAGAAGGAGGCAAGGAAAAGGAGAAAAUGUGGAAUGAGGAAGGUAAGGGGGAAAAUCUUCAAGAUGAAAUUUAAAAUAAGCCACUGAGACUUAGGUCAUUCAGGUAUAGCCAUAUGAACUCUAUUCUCAGUGAAUUCUGCUGGGGUUUGUUUUUCACGUGUUCUUUUCCUUUAAGAAAUUUUUGGUCCUCCCAAGGAUUUUAAAGCAUGUAUAUAAUAAGAUAUAGCAUAUUUGUUCAUUUGACUCUUAAGGGUGUGGUCAGUUCAGAGCAGUUUAUUUUGGACAUAUCCUGAAGCCUUUGUUUUGAAUUAAGAAAUAUAAUCACAGGAAUUGGUAAAUCACUGGUUAACCGGCUUUCCUGGGCUAUCGAAGAAGGAUUUGAUUUUCUGCGUGCAGUUCUACAAAUAUAAAGAUGUACUAUGCACGUGAUAAAUUUUAUUAAGAGUGCCUCGAGCCAAAGAGAAAGCGAACUUUACCAUAUGUGGAGAAUGUUGAGAUGUACUACUGUGCAUUCCUGUACCGCUGUUGUAUUUCAGUUGUAACCUGGCAUCUAUUACUGACCUUUCUCAUCUGUUGACUGCUUUGUUAUUCUUAAAAUCGUAAGAUUCUAGAUACACCUUUUUUUUUUUUUAAUUUCUACAAACCUUAAAUGAAAAUACUGUUUUUAGAAUACUAGAGGCAGUCAUUGGCUUUAUCAUUCACCUGUUGAGGAUCCUCCCAUGCCUGGUAGUAGAGUGUGGUCCGGUUCCUUCCAACUAGGACAACCCGUAUUCAUAAAUUUAUACCCUUUAUUGAAAAUUGUUCCUGACUGUCGGAAGUCAGGUCAUCUGAUUUAUAGAGGAUUCUAAAAACAAGAGUUUUUGAAAAGGCUUAUUUUAUACACAUAUAUUAUAUGGAGAGACAAAUGUUUUUAUUAAAUGUUUCGCUGACCAAAAUAAUUUUAAAGAAAUUAAUGUUACUUAUGUCUUUCAGGAGAAAUAAUUGUAGCAGCUGAUCUGUAAAUGACUUUAGAAGCUAUUUUAGUAAUUUAAAUAAAUUUACUUUCUUGGUUUGUA